GAUCCCACGGAGGGGUUGAGACCAGCAGCAGCAGCAGCAGUCUGCGCUAACUGAGGACGAACGAAGCGGAACCAUUUCAUCCUGGAUUUUACGCGCAAUCGGAUCAUUUCUAUUCUUACUUUCCUCCACGUUGGUGAGGGGAAUACGAGCAAAACAGAGGAAUCACGCGUAAAAGACAACUGCGUGGCCACGCUCUCUCGCUCCCUCCCACCCAAGCCGAGGUCCUGUAGCUGAAGAUCCAUUCUCCUGCGUGGCACAAGUCUGGUAUUUUCUCUGAGUUGCAAACCCAGCAGGGAUCAGUCCGACAGGAGCUGAGGGGAAAUUUAGUACUAAAUCCAGCCGGUACCUCCGCUGGUACUGCAAUCACUCCCGGAUCUUCUAGGCUGUGCUUGCUGGAUGGCAUAGGCAGAGAAGGAAGGGGGGGAGGGGGGGUGUUCAUUCAUUUUUCAGCCCCUCUCAGCCACCACCCCUGUGGAUGUGUCCGUGUUUUGUUUUUUUUUUCAUCCUCCUCUUCAUCAUUCAGCAUUUUCACGAGUGGAUUCUUGAGAACAAUUUAAUAGACAUCUGCUGGAAAUAUACAUUUAAAUAUAAGCAUUUUUUUUUAAAUAAUCAUUAUUGUCAACAACCAGGCCUUAAAACACUGGAGGCGCACUGCUGUUUUUAAGAGAUGGAGAAUGAAGAUGGGGAUUACCAUCAUUUAUCCAGGAAAAUCACUGGCCUGUGCGCGCCAGCAGCCAAAGUGUGCAGUGAUCACGAAAAAUAACAGGCUGCAUUUUGGGGAUUAUUUUCGAUCAAAAACGCCAUUCCUCCCCACCUAAGUCGCAUGUAUUUUUAUUUUUUUUUUAAACACUACUACAUAAAAUAAAACCUCACAAAGCAUUUGGAGUCUGCCAAAGAGUAGCCUUGUUGGCUACAGACAUUCAUCAUACCUUUGUUUUUCUUAUUAUUUUUUUAAAUAUACAUAUAUAAAGGCUCUCUUGUGAAGCGUGGACGUCUACGAGCCUUUUUAUAUUCAAUUUUUUUGUAUUUUUGAAAGGAAAAUAAUGAACGUAGGAGCAGGAACAUCGAUGGGUAGCCUGACCUUGUUUUGGGGUUUGCUGCUGUUUGUUUCUUCCAUCUGCGUAAGACCUAUCCAUGGAGAGAUCUGUAGCCCAAGUAUUGACAUCAGGAAUGACAUAAGUGAAUUCAAGCGUCUUGAGAACUGCACGGUGUUGGAAGGUUACCUACAAAUUGUUUUAAUCAAUGAAAAGACGAGCAACAUCAACCAGGAGGUCUUCCGCACCCUCAGCUUCCCAAAGCUGACCGUCAUCACUGACUAUCUGCUGCUGUUUCGGGUCCCUGGCUUGGAUAGCCUCAGCAAACUCUUUCCCAACCUAAGUGUCAUCCGGGGCCUUAACCUGUUCUUUGGAAAUGCUUUGGUGAUCUACGAGAUGAACAACUUAAAGGACAUCGGUCUGUACAACUUGAUGAACAUCACCCGUGGAACAGUGCAGAUUGAAAAGAACGGAGAGCUAUGUUACCUGGACUCGGUGGACUGGUCUCUGAUCAUGGACAGCUACGUAAAUAAUAUUAUAACUCGGAACAAGGAGCCAAAGGAGUGUGACGACAUCUGCCCGGGCAUCAUGGAGGAUAACCCUAUCUGUCGCACAACGUCGUUCAAAGACAACAAGGACUACCGCUGCUGGACGUCUAACCAUUGUCAGAAAGUGUGUCCUCCGCAGUGCAAGUUGGCCUGCACAGAUAAGGGAGAAUGCUGCCAUAGCCAAUGCCUGGGGGGCUGCUCCGAACCCAACAACGACAUGGCCUGCUCUGCGUGCAUCCAUUACAACCACGAUGGUCGCUGCGUGCCAGACUGCCCCGAUGGCACCUUCAUGUUUGAGGGCUGGCGCUGCAUCACCAUGACUGAGUGCAGUGAGGUGCAUCUGCCCAACGACAAUCUCUUUGUCAUUCACAACAGAGAAUGUAUGAGCGACUGUCCCUCUGGGUUCAAACGUAGUUCAAACGAGACUGAUCGUCAUUGCACAGCUUGCAACGGUCUGUGCGACAAAUACUGCAGGGGUACUGUCAUUGAUUCUGUGGAUGCUGCUCAGUCCCUGAAGGAAUGCACCGUCAUCGAAGGCAACCUGGUCAUCAACAUCCGCAGUGGAAUUAAUAUAGCUUCAGAGCUGGAGACCUUCAUGGGACUGAUCCAGACUGUGACUGGCUACGUGAGAAUUCGACACUCCCACUCUCUCAGCUCGCUGUCUUUCCUCAAAAGCCUCCGAUACAUCAACGGACAGGAUCUUAUCGAUAACAUGUAUUCGUUCUCCGCUGUCAACAACCAGAAUCUGCAGUCCUUGUGGAAUUGGACCCAACACAACCUGACUAUUCAGGCAGGGCGUAUAUUCUUCCGUGGAAACCCGAAGCUCUGCAUGUCUGAGAUUCAUGCCAUGUGGGAGAAGACGGGCAUAACCGUAAAACCAGAGGAGGCAGAUUACCGCUACAACGGGGACAGAGCCAGCUGUGAAAGUGACGUUUUAAAGUUCAAGUCUAACAUUACAACAAGCCACACCAUCACUCUGACAUGGGAACGCUACCAAGUCCCUGACCACGGAGACCUCAUCAGCUUCAUAGUCUACUACCAGGAGUCGCCCUUCCAGAACAUCACACAGUUUGAUGGCCAGGAUGGCUGUGGCUCCAACACCUGGCACAUGGUGGAUGUAGACCUUCCUCAUGACCAAAAUGAUCCCAAAUUUACUCUUCAACAUCUCAAGCCUUGGACCCAGUAUGCGAUUUAUGUGAAAGCCACCACUCUGCAGAUGAAGGACGAACACAUUUCUGGGGCAAAGAGCGAUAUAAUUUAUAUCCGCACGCGACCAUCAUUGCCAUCCAUGCCCAAUGAUCCCCGUGCUUAUGCCAACUCUUCAACUAAAUUGGUAGUGAAGUGGUCACCUCCAGUGUUUCCCAAUGGAAAUCAAAUUUACUACCUGGUUCGCUGGCAGCGGCAGCCUGAAGACAGGGAAUUCUAUCACCAUGACUACUGCUCUAAAGAUCUGAAGUUACCAAUCCGGAGCCCAUCAUUAGGGCCUUUAGAGGAGAAAGAUAACCCAAACCCACCGAAGGUUACCCUUCCAGGGGAAACAAAGGGUCUCUGUUGUACUUGCCAGAAGACAGCCGAAGAGAAGGAGCGGGAGAAGCAUGACCGCUACUUUUUAAAAGUUUUUGAGAACUUCCUCCAUAAUACCAUCUUUCUCCCAAGACCUCCAGACCGUCGCCGCAGAGACCUUUUUGGUCUUGCUAACCACACUCAGUUUCAUGAUGACGGUCAAGGCAAUAUCACCUUGGGCUCAGGGGAGAACAGCACAGACGGCAUCCCUCCUGUCAAUGAGUACCCCUUCAAUGAUGACAGAACUUCUGCAGAAUAUUUAGAAAUCCCCAACCUGCGACCUUUCACUACGUACCUUAUUGAGAUCCACGCCUGCAACGAGCAGCUGGGCUUCAACUGCAGUGUUGGAGCUUUUGUCUUCUCCCGGACAAAACCUGCUGCCAAAGCAGAUGACAUUCCUGGGAAGGUUAUCUAUGAAAUGUGUGACAACACUGACGGCUGUGUGGUGUUGCAUUGGCCACAGCCUCUCAUGCCUAAUGGACUUAUACUGAUGUAUGAGAUCAAGUACCGCCUGGGGAAUGAGCCUGAGAAACACAAGUGUGUGUCACGUCGGCAGUACCACGAAUAUAAAGGAUUUCGUCUGACCAUCUUGAGCCCGGGAAACUACUCUGCUCGCGUGAGGGCCACAUCUCUGGCAGGAAAUGGCUCAUGGACGGAAAGCAUCUCCUUCUACGUUCCUCCACCUAAACGAGAGGAUUUUGCGACGCUCUACUUGGUCAUCCUCGUUCCCAUCAUAGUGACUCUUCUCAUCGCCAGUCUUACCACCGUUCUCAUCUUCAUCAACAAAAAGAGGAACAACAACAGACUUGGGAAUGGAGUUCUCUAUGCAUCCGUCAACCCAGAGUACAUCAGCGCAGCUGAGAGUAAGAAUGUCAAACCUCUUUUCCCGCCUCCCUGCUGCUCUGUUUGGAUGUUUGAGCAUGAUGGGUUGACCCUGCAUAUGUUUUUCGCUGCGGUAGUGUACACUCCGGAUGAGUGGGAGGUGGCCAGGGAAAAGAUCACCAUGCACAAGGAGCUGGGGCAGGGCUCUUUCGGCAUGGUGUACGAAGGCACCGCGAAAGGCGUAGUCAAGGAUGAACCUGAGACACGAGUGGCGAUCAAAACGGUGAACGAGUCGGCGAGCAUGCGGGAGCGGAUAGAGUUUCUGAAUGAGGCGUCUGUGAUGAAAGAGUUCAACUGUCAUCAUGUGGUGCGGCUGCUGGGCGUGGUCUCUCAGGGACAACCUACUUUGGUUAUCAUGGAGCUGAUGACUCGUGGAGAUCUCAAGAGUCACUUGCGCUCUGUGCGCAAUGAAAACACCAACUCUCAGACGUUGCCGCCUCUAAAGAAGAUGAUCCAGAUGACAGGCGAGAUCGCAGAUGGCAUGGCUUACCUUAACGCUAACAAGUUUGUCCAUAGAGACCUGGCUGCCAGAAACUGCAUGGUAGCAGAGGAUUUCACAGUGAAGAUUGGAGAUUUUGGCAUGACCAGAGACAUUUAUGAGACGGAUUACUAUCGAAAAGGAGGGAAAGGCCUGCUGCCAGUUCGAUGGAUGUCCCCAGAGUCGCUGAAAGACGGCGUCUUCACUACAAUGUCUGAUGUCUGGUCAUUUGGUGUUGUGCUGUGGGAGAUCACCACCUUAGCUGAACAGCCUUACCAGGGCAUGUCCAAUGAACAAGUACUGCGCUUUGUCAUGGAAGGGGGACUCCUGGAGAAGCCCGACAACUGCCCGGACAUGCUGUUUGAGCUGAUGAGGAUGUGUUGGCAGUACAACCCCAAGAUGCGUCCGUCCUUCCAGGAGAUCAUCAACAGCAUCAAAGACGAUCUGGAUCCCCACUUCCGGGAAGUAAGCUUCUUCUACAGUGAGGAGAACAAACCGCCGGACAUGGAGGAACUUGACAUGGAGGUGGAGAACAUGGAGAACAUUCCACUGGACCCUGUAUCUACAAGGCAGCCGCCUACUGCUGCCGUUCCACCUUCUGGGUGCAUGGGAAGCAGGUCACCUCCUCCCUCGCAGCAGUUAUCUCCCUUGCAAGGCCCAAGUACGCCCCUAUUAGGGUCUGUGUCCCAUUCGCCACCGGGCCCUCUGGCCACAGCUUUGACGUCUUCAGGGCACGGCUCAGACAAGCACUCAGAACAUGCUUUGGCCAAUGGACCUGUGGUUGUCCUGCAGCCAAACUUUGAUGAGUUGGAGCCAUAUGCACACAUGAAUGGAGGCAGAAAGAAUGAGCGGGCGUUACCGUUGCCCCAGUCAUCAGCCUGCUGAUAUUGGUCCAGCACCUCUUCUUCCUCUCACACAGGGUAACUGAAACCUCACUUUCUCUUAAAAAGGAUUGAUGAGGUAAGACAAUUACGUUUUCUCUACUGUGUGCCAGUAGAUGGGCUCUCCACUAUAUUUCAGGUGUGGAAAGAAAUACAGACUCUGAGAACUGUAAAACAGCACAGAAACCUGCUGAGGCACUGGGAGAUUGGUGGCUCAGACACACUGGGGGACUCCUUUCUGCAUAGUUACAUACAAGCCCCUUCGAGAAGGAAAAAAACAUAACGAUGUAUAUUGGCACACAGACCUAUACAUGAACAGCAAGAAAAAAAGUCUUUUUAGCAUAUCUGCCAGCAAAACCAACAGAAGAGCACUUUUGUCCUGAGGAUUUCACAGAGGAUGAUAUGAAAAUAUUAAGUAUCUAUUCGUAGAAUCCCAUCAUUCUCUCCAAAACACGGCAGAGCUCAUUUUUUUUUUAUGAAGCAGCCGGGUUCAUGUUAUGUGACAAUGCCUCCCUUGAAAAUAAGACUCUUUUAAAUACUAUUAUUUCUAUGUGAUCCCUUGAGGUGUGGGUUCAAUUGGUAAGCCUGUUUUUUAUCUGCCAAACUUUUGCCAAAUCAAACUUUUUCUUCAGUCUCCUAAAGGUGUCCUUUUUUGCUAAAAACUGUGAUUCAGAGUUGAGGAUCUUUCACUGCAAUAACAAAACCGUAUUUGGCGCAGAAUUUUGGAUGUUUUUGUAAAAUUUAAAUCCAAGGUGUACCACAUUAUGCUCGGUCAUCACUGUGUAUGGGGUGGAAUAAAUUUAUAAGGUAGAGAACACAUUUAUUUGCACAAACAGAAGCCAGUCCAAAGAUUUAAAGGUGGCAAGCCACAACUCUGAUUUAGCAUGACGUGGAUGUCAUUCCAUAUUAUUAAACAUUUGAAGUGACUUUUCACCCGUCUAGUUUCAAAACCGCAGGUCUAAUCGGCUGAAAAUACAGAUUCUUGCGACCAACAAUUAGACUAGAAAACAUGUCAUCACUCAAAGAUGAUCAAAUAGCAAAACUUUUAACUACCAGACACAUCCACAAAAAGAAUAAAAGUCUGCUAACCCCGUAUAAGUGUAACAAAACCAGAAAUACAUUGACACAGACCAGCCAUUAGAAAAGUAUUCAUUGAAAAACAUUUAAUGUUAUAAAUUAAAGGCUGACUCAAACAAAACAAAACAAAAAAAU